AGGUUCUACUUUAUUUAUUUAUAUCAAAUUGAACACAGUAGUAGUUCGAAAAUGACAUCCAGAAUUACACAAAAAGGUUCUACAUCCUUACACAGCUCUAUGAUCACACCAAAAUUAGGAACGAAAAGAACAAGAAGCACAUCUAUAGCUGAUAAAACAGCAUUAAAUAAACGAAUUUGUCAAUGCAAUGGAAAUAGAGGAAGAAUGACAUCUGAAAUACAUUUAGAUUCAGAAUCUAGCUUCCCUUAUUGGUUGUUAAACAUCGAGCGUACAUUGUGCGUACUGCAUGAGGGCUAUUUAGUCCCAGACCUUAUCCCUCUUAAAGGAGACAACGAUGCAUAUAAGAAGAAAGUAUGGGAUGCACAUCAUAAAUGUUUAAUGGAUCCAAGAAUGAACCGUAUUUUGAACGAAAAAUUAUCAUUAUUGAUAUGCCCACAAUGGUGGCAUCUUAUAUCACUUUAUAACUCUGCAUGCAAAAAUUUUGAAAUAAUUAAAAAUACAUUCCAAACAAAAAUAACGGCACAAUUCUUAUUAGAGCUCGAAGCUAGUAUGAUGUUUCAUUCUCCAGAGUCUAUAAUGUUUCAACAACAAUUAGACCUUUUGAGCAGAAUAUACUAUAUUGUAUUCCGAGAAGUAGCUUGUUUAAAAAUUGUGUCACACUGGAGAGCGAGGGCCGCUCAAAAUAGAAUACGUUUACUAAAUCAUUUCUCCAUGGAUACUGCUGCCCCCUGGAGCUGUUGAUAUAUAGUAUAUUUAUUCCUUAUAAGUUACUUUAGUAACUCUUCUUUCAAAGAAAAAAA